AUGUUCGCCCUUGUCCGCUCUUGUGCCCGGGCCCAAAGGUUCUCUAGGGUACAACUGCCUCGAUACUCACAUUGGUCUCUCAGGAACUUUGCUACGGACAGGGCGACAUCGACCUCCGUCUCGAAAAAGCUACCCACCGCGAACCCGCUGACGGACGGAAAACCAAAACCAAAAGAAGUGACGCCCCUCAGGCGGUCAGCUUCAGAGUCUCUGGCAUUUAGGACGAACCCAACACCAACACGGAGCCCUAUCCAACCUGUCUUCACAUUUGCAACGUCCGAGCGCUACAUUUUGUCGCGGCUCCGGAGUCAUCCUGAUCUUCCACCGCGGGCACAAGCUUUACACGAAGCGUGGUGGGUUCCGAAAUGGGUCGGCAAUAAUGGCCAGGUUGGAGAAGUUUUCGUAUUCUCCAAUGGAAGUUUUGUAUCUUGGGGCUUGGAUGAAGUAGAGGUGAGGAGGUUCGCGAAGCAAAUCAUCGACAGGACAGCGGGCAUGAGCGUGGCGCGUCUCAAAGAGGAAGAGACGGAAGAACUCGAAUUCGUGGUCGACCCUAGCGAGUUGAGUGGUGCGUCUACGCGACUACAGGGUGACUUGAUUAUCCUCGGAAAGACUCCGCCAUUGAGCGAACCGGAAUUACUGCCCGUCAGCCUACCUCCGAUGGCAUUCCCUGAGGAAUCUCUGUUGGCUCGGUACGCGUAUUCGCAGGCCCUUUCACGGUCAACGGCGCUUGCUGCACUCGAGGAAUCAUUGGACAACUAUCUGGACUCUAUGGCGAUGUUACCGCAUACCUUGGCUGAGACUGGAAAGCCCGGGAUGCCCAGGAAGCAACUCAUCAAGAAACUCGGUGAACUCAUGAAGUUCAGGCAGCUGCUGAAUCUCAACAAGGAGAACUUUUCGGAAGUCCCGGAUUUCUACUGGGCUGAGCCAGAGCUCGAAAAAUAUUUCAAGUCUAUGAGCAAUGCACUGGAAGUUCGAGGCCGAACCGCUGCUUUGAAUGACAAGAUUACAUACGCUGGAGAGCUGCAAUCUUCACUCCGACAGCUGUUGACAGAAUCUUCAGGCCAUUCUAUGGAACUGAUAAUUAUCCUACUUAUCGCGGUCGAGGUUGUCAUUGCUCUCAUUCGAGAAGGGCCGGACCUAUGGCGCAUGGUCCGAGGUGAGAAGGAAGAGGACAAGCUGUCUGUCAGCGCCUAA